CGCCGCUCAACACGCAGCUGCCACCUCAGCCGCAUUAGGGGCAGCUGGUGCCGCGGUUUAUGGCAAAGCUCGCGAGGCCGUUCCUCAAUCUGUACAAGAACGCUUUCCAGAGAGGAGUACCGCUCCUGGUGGCACUGGAACUGGUGCAGGUGGUAAAAGGAAUGUGGAUAUGAUGCCCGUCAAGGAGACUGCCACAUUGCCAAGUGGGGAUAAGGGUCAGGGUCCGAUGGGUGGUGUUGGAUCAUUGCCCGGUGGACGCGAUGAAGAAGGUGUGGCGUUACUGCCUGAGGAAAAGGCUCACCCUGAUCCAACGCUCGUUGACAACGCUGGGGCCAAGCGCAAUAUUCAUUUGGUUUCUCCCUACGACACUGAGUCUCCAUACUCUGACGUAGAAGCGAACAAGAUCGCCGCUCCUCCCUCUGCCCCAGCCCCAAUUGGGCUGGCGGGUAAAGCUGCGCAUCUCGCACAGAGUGUGGGUGCCUCGGGGGUUGGGUCUAAAUUCCAAGAAGCAGAUGAGUCUCAUCGUUUCAAGGGGGAAGAAAAAGUGCACCAGAGAAUUGUAACUGGCGCUGUGGACACUAGCCUCAGUUCUACAGGGGGACAUCCCGAGAAAGUGAACGUUCAGUCAUCGGACCAAACCAAAGGUGGUCAAGAUAGCGCAUCGAGCGACGAGACGAGGAAGAAGCCUAGCUUUAUGGAUAAAUUGAAAGGAGAGGCGAAGAUUUUCAGCGGAAAGUUGGGGAAGAAUGAGGAGAAAGUUGAGGAAGGGAGAGCGUUGAAGAUGGGAGUCAGUCCGGUUUCGCCUACAUACACUAAGUAAGGGAUGAUGUCGUUGGAGGAUUUUCUCGGCUAAGCUUGCGUGUUUUCGCCCAUUCACGCUUCUGCGUCUUGUUUCUCUUUCUUUCGCUGCUGUUACCACUACAGCCCGUCUUAUUCCAUCGUGCCCAUAUGGCAUCUCUAUUUGUUCGCCCACAAUUAAUGUACAAUACUAGGUGGAUCGUCGACAAAUUGGAAAUUGACUAAUUUUCGAU